GUUGACUGCUACCAAUACGGGAAGAAAGUUCAAUGAUCUGCUAAAAUAUUAUUUUUGAUUAAAAUGGCCAAUGUGAUAUGAAGCAGACAGCAGAAAUGUCGCGGGCUCAAAUUACCUUGCAGAACUUCUUCAUUUUCAACCCGACAUAUGGGCCAAGGGAAGGAGAGGAACAUAAAAAGAUUAUGUUCUAUUACCCUAAAACUGAAGACAUUGACACAAAGAUAAAGAAAGUUGGAUUGUGCGAGGCCCUUGUUACAUUCGCAUGUACAUUUACUGAUAAGCCAUGUGAGGCCCUCCAUACCCAGAAGACCCGGCAGGUGUUCCUGCAGCCGGAGAAGGACUUCUGGUUCAUCAUGACGGUAUCUGUACCAUACACAGAGAAGACGCGGGAUGGGCAGACAGUGGUCGAGUAUCAUGAUGAAGAUGUGCAGGACACUGUGUUGGAGGCCCUGCUGCGUCAAGCUUACCGCAUGUACACAUUGUUCAAUGGCUCAAUAUAUGCACUGCUAGAGAAGUUAGAAGGCAAUGUGGAAUCAUUACAAAGUCGCUUUGACCACUUCUUCUCAAGGUACCUGCAGACCUUGCGACCGGCAAGUAGCGACAUUCUGGACGUGUUCUGCGGCAUCUCAUUUCUUCCUCUGGACAAGAACACAUACCUCCGCGUCCAGUGCUUCAUCAAUACCCUCGAGGCAACAUUCCCCACAGUAAAGUACACAGCAUUCCUCUACAACGACCAGCUUGUAUGGUCUGGUCUGGAGCAGGAUGACAUGCGGAUCAUGUACAAGUACCUGACAACCAGUCUGUUCCCGUCGUACUUGGAGCAGGAGCUACAAGCUAGCGGAACCAGUCAGCCAUCCACCCCACGUCAUGUAUCCACAUCUAACGUCACCACAACACACUUUGGAAAAUUUAUCACAGGUCCGCCAAGUCUGCUUGAUGAACAAAACCUGGGUAAAAUCCCACGUGUGUAUGUGAACACAGAGGUGGAGAAUGAAGAAUGCCUGCUGCUUGUGUACCGAGCCCUCUCCGCCAGUGUCUGCAUGCUCAUCAACACAGCAAGUUCCCCGGUGACAUUUGAGUUGUGCAAGAACAUGGACUCCUUCCUAGGUCCCCAGUUGUCAGUCAUUGCAUCUGAGAUUGGGGAGCAAUACUCAUCUAAAAGACCAAGUUCAGAGCCAGUCUUCAAGUACAUAUACUUUAACCACAUGAACCUGGCACAGAAGACGACUAUACAUGCGGACCACAAGAAAACCUCCGGUGUCUUUGUGUCACAGGAGACCCUGAAACUACUCAGUGAUAUCAGCUCCGACCUACAGAGGAACAACCAGGAUGGUGAGACAUUUGUUCGCACCCUGAAUGACUGCUGGGUCGUGGGGAAGAAAUCAGACCAGCGGGAGAUGGUUGUCGUCAUCAACCAGAAGAACCUUAACCUCAUAGAAGUCAAUGAUGAGGUGAAGAAGCUAUGUGGAAUGAGCUUCAACAGUAUAUUUUUCCAGGACUGACCUCUCCUACACGUCUAGUAUUACUUUGUAUAUACAUGAUGCAUUGUGGUUUAAAUUAAACCGUUCCUUGCUGUUGUUAAGAUCAUGUUGAUAGAUACCCAUUAGGACUUAUUUUUGACAGCCUUGCAGAUAUUGAAAUAUUUGGUAUCAGAUUUGUGCCAGUAAGUUUUUUUAGCUCGACUAUUCGAAGAAUAGGUGGGCUAUACUACUCGCCCCAGGGUCGGCGUCGGUGUCAGUGUCGGCGUCUGCGUCCGGUUAAAGUUUUAGGGCAAGUUGGGAUUUUCACUUAUAAGUCCAAUACCCUACAUUCAAUUGACUUAAUACUUCACACAGUUGUUCAGGGCCAUCACAUGAUGAGGUUAGAUAACUCCAUAUUAUUCUUUACACAGAUUAUGGCCCCUGAUUGACUAUGGAACUUAGGUUAAAGUUUUAGGGCAAGUUGGAAUAUUUAUUAAUAACUUCUAUAUCCUUUGUUUAAUUGACUUAAUACUUCACACAGUUGUUCAGGACCAUCACACAAUGAGGUUACAUAACUCCAUAUUAUCCUAAAUACAAGUUAUGGCCCCUGAUUGACUUAGGUUAAAGUUUUAGGGCAGGUUAAAGUUUUAGGGCAAGUUGGGAUUUUCACUUAAAACUCUAAUACCAUUCAUUCAAUUGACUUAAUACUUCACACAGAUGUUCAGAGCCAUCACAUAAUGAGGUUAGAUAACUCCAUAUUAUCUUUUAUACAAAUUAUGGCCCCUGAUUGACUAUGGAACUUAGGUUAAAGUUUUAGGGCAGGUUGGGAUAUUAUUUAAUAACUUCUAUACCCUUCAUUCAAUUGACCCUGAUUGACUUAGGUUAAAGUUUUAGGCAAGUAAAAGUUAAGGGCAAGUUGGGAUUUUAAUAAAAAAACUUCUAUACCGUUCAUGAAAUGCACUUAAUAAAAUUCAAAAUUAUUUACGACCAUCUUGCAACAAGAAACAUAACUCCGUUUUAAGCCUAAAUACAAAUAAUGGUCCUUGAAUUUUUUAUUUUUUUUCCUUUGAAAGGCAUAUUUGUAUAUUCUUAACCAGAUUUUCAUAACGGGAAAUCAAGUUAUUUGAAUGACUUGCGUCAUUGUUUGGGCGGGCUGGUGGGAGGGCAGCAUCAAAGUCACCUUACAUAUCGAAUAAUUUUAGUUAGGUUUGACAUAAAGAGACCAAACUUGGUAUUAUUACAUCGUUAUUGUAUUCUAAGUCAAAGCGGCGUAGUCGAGCGCGCUGUCUUAGGACAGCUCUUGAUCAACAUUUGAAAUUAUUUCUAAAAGGGCAGUUAGGUGAAUUUUAUGCUUUUAUUGUUGCUCUCAAUCUUUGAUUGGAGAAUAACUUUGUUCAGUGUUUAUGAGAAAAGCUGUGCAAUGCAAACAUUUUCUAAUGUGCAUUUUUUUCUUGUAUUAAAUAUAUGAAAUUAUAUAUAUCUUUAUAAUUGCAAAUACACAAACCAUUCAUGAUCAGUUAAUUAUAAGGCUGAGAUUCAUUUAUAUCAAGUUGUUUGUCAUUCCUUCUGUAAUUAGCAGUGACAAGCUUGAUUUACACUAGAUCCCUGUAAUUGGAAACGAAGCUCCGGAAUGUAUGCAAAUACAUUAUAAUGUUUUUUAUAACAUAUUGUGUUGGAGGUCCUUUAUGAACUUAAUUUUAUGCCAGGGUCUGUUUUACUAAUGUCUUGAGUCUGCGUUUCAGUCUAGGGCUCAGAAAACUGAAUGCUUAAGUGUCUCACAAUAUCUGUAAUUUAACUAAUUUUGAUAAAUGAUGUGUACUUGAUUGUAGAACUGAUUAUUUGUAACAUCUUUGUUCAUGUAAUAACAUUUUUGCAACAUAAUUAAACACUUUGUUUAACUCAAAACUUGAAUAUGAACAGUGGUUGACUUUGAAAUCAACAUGCUCAAAACAUAAUUAUAUAUGGCUGCAGAAAUAAAAUAAUAAAUCUUAGUGAUCUCGGUCUCAAAAUUGUGUGGAUGCAAGUGACAAGUAUGACAUUCACAAGCUGAAUCAACCGGUUGCCAUAGCUGAAACCAAAACAUUCACAUAUCAGUGCUGUAUGUAUUAUGAGUGUUUCCCUUAAAAAUGUACACAGAUUUUAAGUGAAAUAUUUGUGUUUAUUUGUGUGUUUUUAUUUAUUUUUGAUUUGAAAUAAUUGUUUUAUAUGUGAUUAUUUUAGUGAAUUGUAAUAUAUAAUGAAUGUAAUUUCACUAACUAUUCAAUUUAAUUUAAAGAAAAAAGUGCAAUAAAUGCGUCAAAUUGA